CAUUCACACCCUUCAGUCAUCUUGUACUCUCUUGUCUUCUCUCUCUCUCUUUCUGUCUAUCUAUAAAAGCAAAUCCAUCAAGGCCAAACUGUUCUGAAUUAAUCUCUAUCCCUUCAAAAACACCUUUUCUUUCUUCGUUUCUUUCUCUUUCUCUCUUUUAUUUUUUUUUUUUGGUGUUUUUUGCAACCAUGGCUGACUACCCUUACUCAAAUUUCUUCUCGGGUUGGUUCAAGUUCAACCCUCUUCAACAUUACCCAUCUCCAAACCCUUCUCCCCAACAACCUUCUUCCUAUACCCAAAAUUACUUCUAUAGCAGCAACACCACCUUCGUGACAAAUGAAACAAAUCCUUUUUUUCACUACCAGACCUCAUCAUCGUCACCUCCCUCCCCUCCUGUUAGAGAAGCCUUACCACUAUUGAGCUUGAGUCCCACAAGGCAUGACAAAGAGGAGGAAGUACAGGAUGAUGAAGAUCAGGAUCAAGAGCAUUCUUGCACCGCCAUGGAUGUAGACAAGAGCAAAGGGAAAGAGGAAGGGCGGCUGCUCUUCACUAGCAGUGCUGGCAGUGCUUCUGCUUCUGCUGCUGAAGAUGAAACUGUUACUGUUGCACUCCAUAUAGGGUUACCAAGCCCUAGUGCUUCAGAGUUGGCCUCAGUUUUAUCAUCUUCUUCAGAGAUCACUGACAAAGAUGGGGAUGGUGAUGAUUCUGGGUACCCAGUUAACAGACUCAACAAGGGACAGUAUUGGAUCCCUACCCCUUCUCAGAUUCUUAUUGGCCCUACACAGUUCUCUUGUCCUGUUUGCUGCAAGACCUUCAAUAGAUACAACAACAUGCAAAUGCAUAUGUGGGGGCAUGGAUCUCAGUAUAGGAAAGGGCCUGAAUCACUAAGGGGAACUCAACCAACAGGCAUGCUAAGGCUUCCUUGCUAUUGUUGUGCACCAGGUUGCCGGAACAACAUUGAUCAUCCACGAGCAAAGCCACUCAAAGAUUUCAGAACCCUGCAAACACAUUACAAGAGGAAGCAUGGGAUUAAGCCUUUCAUGUGCAGAAAAUGUGGCAAGGCAUUUGCUGUGAGAGGGGAUUGGAGAACCCAUGAGAAGAACUGUGGGAAGCUCUGGUACUGCAUUUGCGGGUCUGAUUUCAAACAUAAGAGAUCUCUUAAGGACCACAUAAAGGCUUUUGGGAAUGGCCAUGCAGCCUAUGGCAUCGAUGGCUUGGAAGAAGAUGAUGAGCCUGCAUCUGAAGUGGAACAAGAUAAUGAGUCCAUGCAGUGAUGAAUAAUGGAAAUUAAAAGGGUAUGAAGGAAUGGUUAAUUAAUAUUCUCUAAUUAUAAAGCUUUAUUUGCAGGCUUCCAAAGUAAGAACUAUAUAUAUAAGAAUCAAUUUACUUGGGGAAGCCACCUUUUUUCUCUUUUUAGUUUCCCUAGCUGUUUCCUUCUCAAUGUAGGAUCCUUAACAUCAAUGUUAGGCUAAGCUCUUGUAUAUCCAUUUCCCUUUCAAGUUUCAACUGAUCAUUUCAGUGGUUUCUUUCUCUUUGCAGUGUGCUUUUCAAUCAUCCUCAGCAUAUGGAUGGUGAAUAAUCAUAUUGCUUCUUAAACUAUUAGUCACCGAAAUGGAAAACAGAAGUUGAAACUAAAGACCCUUUUUGAAAGCAUAUUGAUGCAUUGGAUGAUAAUUAUGAUAUACUCAUUGAAAAGAAGAUAAUGGAAAAUCUCUUUUUAUA